UGGCAAAUUAUCCCCCAGAUAUGCCCCAUCCAACUAAAUCCACCCCUGCCCCGAAGAAAGGCUCCAAGAAGAUCGUGACCAAGGCACAAAAGAAGGACGGCAGGAAGCGCAAGCGCAGCCGCAAGGAGAGCUACUCCGUCUACGUCUACAAGGUGCUGAAGCAGGUCCACCCCGACACCGGCAUCUCGUCCAAGGCGAUGGGCAUCAUGAACUCCUUCGUGAACGACAUCUUCGAGCGCAUCGCCGGCGAGGCUUCCCGCCUGGCGCACUACAACAAGCGCUCGACCAUCACCUCCAGGGAGAUCCAGACUGCCGUGCGCCUGCUGCUGCCUGGAGAGCUGGCCAAGCACGCCGUGUCGGAGGGCACCAAGGCCGUCACCAAGUACACCAGCUCUAAAUGAGGUCACUGGUAGCUGAAUCUAAUCGA